AUGGAACUAGCUAGUAAAAAGUCAUGUGGUCAGAGGAUUUAUUACUUUCUUUGGCUAGACCGAGAGCAUGUUUAUAACAAAUCAACAACACCAGCUCCCUACUGCUCUGUUAAUGCUUUAUUUUCAAUAAGACUCGUCUUCUUUACCAUCGUUCAUGCCUUGUUCUGGAGCGGAUUAGCCUCAGAAUUAGGUCAAUUUUUUAGUUUCUUUUCAACUUGGUAAUUAAUGAUGCAAGUAAUUACUUUUUCUUUAUUGAUAAUUGUGCAUAUAUUUGAUUUCUACGAGCAAAAGAGCUUAGAAGGAUUUGUUGUUCCGAAUGCCAAUCCAUAUACUCCCACAAUCAUUGGGGACAAUGAGUUAUUCAGACUAAAUUCACGCACUUCCAAGCUUUGGAAGUAUGCAAUAAUUUCUUAUGAGAUAAUGGCUCCAAUUACAAUUCAAGUCACAGUAAUCUUUUGGGUAUUCUUUUACAUAAGAGUCGACUGGACUCAAUAUAAUAUGAUUGAAACAGUACGUAUCUACCUAGACAAUAUUUUGCCUCUUGCAAUACUCAUCCUUGAUCAAAUAUUCAAUGCAAUUCUUUUUAGUAAAAGACAUUUCUUCUUCUGUAUACUCGCAUUAGCGAUCUUUGACACGCUUUACUGGUUAGUGUAUUAUAUGAGAAAUGAAGAGUAUAAAUUAUAGAAAGCAUAUGAUUGGGACCAUUUAGAUCUCUACAUACAAAUCUUAAUAUAAAUGAGCUGUACUCUGAUAUGCUACUUUGUAAUGUAUGUGAUAUCACAGACGAAAAUUAAGAAAUACAGUAAAACAGCUAAUGAAAAAAGACGAACAAUUAAAUAGAGACAUUUAAGGAGCACGGGAAAGUUUAAUGAGGGUUCGUUCCUAACUGAUCAAGAUUUUAGAGGGAACUUAGUGGCAAUAAGCUGA